GACCCGGAAGUGAGUUGUUGAGUCACUGCCUCUGCCUGCUAGAGUCCUUUGACUGAGCUGGGAUGAAGCAGAAAAGCAUCUUCGAGGAAUAAAAUAUAAUAACAACAUAGUAAAAAUAAUAAUUUAAAAAAUCUUUUUUUUUAAAUAACUUACAGAUAUAUCAAAUCCAAACGUCGCCAAAAUGAUGGAAGAAAUAGACAGAUUUCAAGUGCCGACCGUCCAUUCUGAGAUACAACCCCUGGACCCGGCGGCCUCAUCCGUCUCCGAGGGCGAUUCAGACACACGAGAGGGGGAGACCGUGGCCAUCAAUUACAAGCCGUCCCCGCUGCAGAUGAAAAUAGAGAAACAGAGAGAGCUGGCUAGAAAGGGGUCCCUGAAGAAUGGAAACGUGGGAAGCCCGGUCAAUCAGCAGCCCAAGAAGAACAACGUCAUGGCCAGAACACGGCUGGUUGUCCCAAACAAAGGCUACUCGUCCCUUGACCAGAGUCCUGACGAGAAGCCGCUGGUGGCUCUGGACACAGACAGUGACGAUGACUUCGACAUGUCCAGAUAUUCUUCAUCAGGAUACUCCUCCGCUGAGCAGAUUAACCAAGACUUGAACAUCCAGCUGCUGAAGGACGGCUACCGUUUAGACGAGAUCCCUGACGACGAGGACCUCGACCUCAUCCCCCCCAAGUCUGUGAACCCCACCUGCAUGUGCUGCCAGGCCACCUCCUCCACCGCCUGCCAGAUCCAGUAACCCUCCACCAGAGGAGGGGGAGGCUGCAGUGAGUGCACUCUGCCACCGUGCGGCGACAGAGAGCAGGCAGCUCCCACCACUCCUGCACACUUGUAAAAAAAAAAAAAACAAACAAAAACAAACUACCAGCCAUUGCUUCCUCCUAUGGUAGGACAUGUACUUCUCUGUGUUUAUAGAGCAGGAGGAACCUAGAGCUGGUGGCCCAUCCACAACAACGCAAAAUAAUUCAGAAGAAAAGGCUUGUUUAUAGUAGGUUUGGUGGUUAGCCAGAAUGGCCUAAUGCUUUGUACCACCUCCUAGUUCACAUGAAUGAGGUUUAUAAACACUGUUAGAUCAUCUCCCCUUUCCACACCAUCUUUGGAAACUGGUGUCCAAAUAUUCCAAUGUUUACACUCAUGCAUUUGGUGAGAAAUGUAUAUAUUCAUGCUUCUGUUUCCGCUUUAGAACAUAAGAACGUAAGAAAGUUUACAAACGAGAGGAGGCCAUUCAGCCCAUCUUGCUCGUUUGGUUGUUAGUAGUUUAUAUAGUUGAGGUUUUUUUUUAAUUUAUUUUUUAUGCUCAACCCAAGCAGUUUACGUCAAAUGAGAACCAGUUAUUUUAAAAACUUGAACCCGAAAAUUAAAUGAUGCGAAAGUGUCAGCAAAGUGUCAACAGUGUAAACAAUGACAGAAUGUCAGUGGUGAGUGUUCAACAUGGAGACAAUAAUGCUCUUAAUGGACAAUAUCAUAUCAAACGAGGGCGAAAAUAUCAAAGUGACACUAACCAAUUUGGAUGAAGAGUAGGAAUGAUAAGGAUCUCACAAUGUAGAUUCAUUUAAAUAGAAUAUGAAAUACUAGAGCUCUUACUGUAAAAUACAUAAUGUAAGUGUUUGAUAUAGCUCAAUAAGCAGAACGAAUCAUGUUUCGCAGGACUGGGGUGAGUGCCCUGGAAUGAAGGGGGAGGGGGUGGGAGCGUCCCCAUUUGAUCAGCUGUUCUCCUGUCCCUAGACCUCAUGGCACUGGGUUGGUUGGGCACAGAAGCUUAGUCCUUGAUAGACCUAUGAGUGGAUAAUGUCUACAGUGGGUUGCAGUGGCAGUCUGGUGGCGGUUCCUCCUUGCUUUUUGCUUUUUGCUUUGUGUCCAUGUUUGCCAAACAAGGUGAAUUGCACCUGUGAUUGAGCGUGAGCGCAGUGCGGGGAUAGGGGAAGGAGAGUCUGAACGAGGAUGAGAGCGCUGCAACACACCGCACAACAGCGUCUCUCUCAGUCCACAAGAAACUGAAGCUGGAGCCCAAUGGGUAGACAGAACCCUCCACUGCACCCCCUAAAACUCAGUUCUUUUCACCAAGCCUUCUAAUUCACCCCUUAUAAAAGUUUCCCGUAGUGAAAGCCCAGCAAAGUGUAGUGAAGCACAUGUAAACAAUGUAAAGCUCAGAGAAGUAUGGUAAAGCAUAUUAAAACAUGUCAAACUAUGGUAAAUGCAUAGUAUAACCAGAGGAAAAGCAUGGGGGAAAUUACUGUGCAAAUGUACCAUGGUAGACUUUUACAAGGCACCCCCCCGCAACCAUGCUUAUUAUUAUAUAUCCUUGUGCAUAUCCAGCGAGAGGGAAAUGAACAUUGUGUAAUCCAGUGAGCACCACAGGCUUUGUCUCCAAAGAAGUGCAUUAUAUCCCCUUUGCAGUGCUGUAUCCCAUGUGCAGGCAGUUAUUGUGCCGUACAGCUGGACGUCCUGCUGUAUUCCUGUGUUUUACGGCUCUGUUCAAUCAAACUUCCACACUUAGAAGGAAAAUGCCCCUGUACUAGUUUUCUAAUAACAUACUGUACUUGCAGUUGUACUGAGGCAACCCGCUUCUCAGGAGGUUGAAGGUGAUUCAGUGCAGCCUCCUGUCUUCUAUUAUGUUAAAAAAACUUUUUUUUCUUUCCUUGUAUGAUGAACUCCACACACAGAGUGAACUCCCAGUCUCCAUGUUGCUCGGGUUAGGAGUUUAUAGUAUUUUUCCCCCCUUUUAUUCUCGUUCUACAGUGUGUUGCACGCAUGCCGUCUGUUUGUUCAGUGUGGUUCCCCUCUUUCACCUUCUUGUGUUAGAAAUGUAUGUCUGUUGUAUGUCGGACACACUGACACACAAGGGAAGGGUUAUUUCCUCCCCAGCUCCGCGGUCAGAAAGAACCCGCUCUUCAUCCUCCACAGCAAAAAGACCAAGCAGUUUCAGGGAGAAACAAGACCCCUCGUCUCCCCCGAGAAAAAGAACUUCAAAAUCCAAACACACCCGUGACAGCAGGGAGAAAGACGUGCUUCUGAAAGCAGCGGCGGCCUUUACUGAAAUUCCAGCAGUGACUGCAGGAGUUUGAGAGCUCAAGGCAGGCUCUGCCUCCCCUAUGUAGACCGGGCAGUGGUUUCUGAUACCACAACAGCAUGGCGUGCACAGGAGCAGGAUUACUCUGCAGACGCACACAACCUGAGAGACGAUGACGUCAUGGACUCCGGCCUGGAGGAAGACGUUUCAGUGGCUGGAGACGGUACUGAACCUGUGUAUACAAAUGCAGAUGCUGUUUUAAAAAGAAUGUCAUCAUCCCUCAACAUUACUACCCAGACGAGUACUGAAGAGGACGAUUCCCUAAGUAUCAUUUUUGCAAAGGAUAGGAAAGCCUUUGAAGGUUUCCCCUUCCAUGAGGCAGUCUGGAGGCCCAUUGAGGCUUUAUGGGGUAAGCCAGCUUUUGCUGCACCACGUAUUCCCAGAGUCGACAAGUUCUACAGGGUGCUGGCAAAUCAUAAAGAUCAUAUGUUUAAAAAGCCAAAGGUAGACACCAUUAUGGCAAUACCUGCCACAGGUACGUCAUACAGAUCUGGUCUAGAUUGGGGAGACAAAAAGGUUGAUACCUUCUUGAAAAGAAGCUGCUCCAUAUCAACAAUUACCAAAUACAUGCUGCAAAAUACCAGCACAAGAUGUGGAACCAGCUGUCUGCUUCCUUACAGACUCCUACCCUAAUAGGACGCAAGACAAGCCAUUAGAUCCUGCUCAACAGCCGGGAGAGGUACACCCUUUAAUAAGCCUUAUUUUAACAGACAGAGGUUUAGACAGCAGUCAAACUAAUCAUCAUUUGGGGGACAAAGCCAGUUUCAAUGGAAUCAAGGUUUCAGGCCAUAUAGACCACCCUGAGGCUAUAAUAAGGGAAAGGUAGGCCAUCUACUUCUUCCUGACAUUGUCUGCUCAUAAACCAGUCCACCCCCUCACAUCUGCCUGUAGGGGGAGAGUGUUGCAUUUUCUAAGAAAUUGGCAGAAAAUAACACCAACACCUGGGUCCUGGGGAUAGUACAACAUGGAUACAAAAUAUCAUUCUAGUGUCAACCACCAUCAACAGAUAUCAUCCGUACAUAAAUGGAAUGGAGACAGUGCCUUCUAGCCAUAAGCAUCUGGAACUGGUGCAGGACACAGAACAUCGCUAUUCAGGCAACAUACGUACCCAGGCUCGACAACAGACUCACAGACAUGCUGAGCAGAGAAACAGUGCCUCACGAGUGGAAAAUUCACCCAUAAGUGUCAAACGAGGUAUUCAGCAAAUUAGGGCACCCCAAAUAGACUUACAUGCCACAACACAAAACACCCAGCUGCCACUGUUUUGCUCCCGUUUCUGGGAAAGAGUAGCCAUGACAACAGACAGGCUGUCCUUUUCAUGGUCAAACAGCUUAAUGUAUGUGUACCCUCCCAUGCCACUAAUCCCAGCGGUGCUCAGGAAAACAAGGAGAGACAAAGCCACUCUCAUUCUGGUAGCCCCUUACUGGGCCAAGAGGUUCUGGUUCUCGGAGAUCCUGGAAAUAGCAGAGGAGAGACCUGUGCACUUACCGGUGAGCCGCGAUGUACUGUCUCAAAACAAGGGGAGGAUGCUACACAACAAUCCUUCAUGGAUACGACUAGCUGCCUGGAGAUUGAACGGCAAAAACUAACAAAUCAGGGCCUAUCUGAACAAGUAGUCAAUAUCUCACUUGCUUCAAAGAAAACUUCCACUUUUCUAGCCCUUCAGGAAAAUUGAGAGAGUUUACUCUCUGGUGCAGCUCAAAGCAUCUACACGACACAGAUAUAUCUCUAUCUAUAUUUUUAUCCUACUGUAGUCACCUGUUCUACUGGGCUCUUUCAAUAUCCUCCAUCAAGUUGCAUAUCUCGGCAAUGUCCAGUAUUUUACCUGGGUGGAAAGGUCACCUGGUAGAUUCCCACCCUGCGGUAUCCAGAUUUCAUAAGGGGGUUAACCACCUAAGGCCCCCAAGGAAACAGAUCAUUCCUCAAUGGAGCCUCGGUCUAGUACUGGAUAAACUCAUGGGACCACCAUUUGAGCCCAUGGCGACAUGCAAUGAGAAUUUCCUGACAUGGAAAACAGCGUUCCUAGUCGCAGUGAUGUCAGCAAGAAGGGUAAGUGAGCUUCAAGCACCAGUGAUUGAUGCACCCUACUUCCAGUCAUUCAGGGACAGGAUUGUCUGUAGGCCAAAUCCCCAAUUCCUACCUAAGGUGGUAACACGUUUUCAUAUCAACAAGGUCAUGACUUUUCAUGAUUUCUACCCAAGACCACAUAAAUCAAAAGAGGAGGCUAGACACCACCUAAUUGAUGUACGGAGAGCACUGAAUUUCUAUAUUCUCAGAACUAUCAAUAAGAGAACAUCAGGGCAACUUUUUAUGUCUUUUAACUCUCAAACCCAGGGCAAACCUGUGUCAAAACAGACCAUUUCUAGGUUGAUUACAUCUUGUAUCAAGUUUUGUUAUAAACUUGAUUAAAAAAAACCUGUUCCAGGAGUUCAUCAUUGUACAAAGAAACCAUAUUACAGGUAAUCUUUGUUUUUUUACAUAAACUGCUGCAUUAGGGUUAUUGAUAAUUGAGAAUAAUAUACUGUAUUGCAAAUUGGAUAUAACCCACUGCUUUGGAGACCGAACAUGUGGUAUACAUAGGGGUCACUGCUCUGUAAAUGAGUGGUGUUCUGUAUAACGUGAGAAAUGCAUUGUGCUGGAGACCCGACACACUGCAGUGCAUUGUACAUAGCCUGCCAAUGGUAAACAAAAACAUGACCAGUCAUUAGCUUUGGAGUUUAGUUCAGUAGGUCUGCUGCUCCCGGCAGUGAACCUGUAGGGAACAGAAACAUUGUUAAAGGUGCUGUAUCCACUUUAAAAAAGGGGGUUCUCUUAAAUAACUGCUAGUCUUCGAUAGUUAAAGUCAUGAACCUGCGACUGUGUGGCUACUGCAAUAUAUUUUUAUACUUUAAAAUACAGAUUUAUACAAGAAGUAGAAAAGUACUUUUUGUUUGGAAAUGAAAAACGGGUUUAAUAAAACCCUUUUUUUGUGUUCAGUUGAGUUUUUUUAUGCAAUGUUAGUUUUUUUUUCCUUUUAGUUUUUUUUUAUGUUUUAAUCAUGUUUUUUUAUAUAUGUAUAGGAAAAGGGGGAUAUAGGGGACGCUAAAAUCACAAACACAAAUGCGUAUCUGGAUCCGUGCCUGCAGCUCUGGCUUUGCUUUGGCUGGGAAUGGUAGGGGGUUGUCUUGAUUGGUUGUGAGAAGUUAAACCAGUUAAAUGACACAACUCUUACACACUGCUGACAACCGAGCAGAAUGCUAUAGGCAGCAGUGUGGGGGAGCGUGCAAUCGCUCCAAUACCCAGCAAGCUACUGGGCGCUACAGGGCAGCAUUGAUGAAACCCUUUCCGACUUGAGAAGGGAUAACGUUGGGUGGGGACUGACCAUAAAGAGAAUACAGCACCUGCUAGAUUAGGGUAGAAACUAGAACGUGAUCAAAUGAAAAGAUAAUCCAAACCUCCCGGGCAAAGGGUUUUUCAAGGGUCAUUGUGCAUGUGGGUCAUUCCGUGCAGUUAUUGACCAACAAUCCAACUCACAAUGUGUACACAGACAUAGAUUAUAUAUUAUAGAUCAGAGCGAAACCAUGCAGCAGCUGCUGCUGUCUAGGGAUGCAAGAGGAGUCCUUCAGAAGUCAUUUAUUCUGUCACUGUCUGUGUUUGAACUAACUAGUACGUAGAUCCCUGAGGGUCAUUCACUCUGUGAUCAAGCAUUUUCCUUGUAUCUGAAGUAAUGUACCUGUUAAUGAAGCUUCAAUGCUUUUUCAUUUUUAAAAUGAUUGUAUGUUUUUGUCUUUCAUGUUUCUGUCUUUCAAAACUUCAUACAGUAACGGGGGUGAGCCUUCCUGAUACAGAUAUUUUUUUCUUAAUGAUAUUAUAAAUAUGAUCAGUAUCAGUAGUAGCAGUAUUAAGGAAGAGCAAUAACAACAUCAAAAUAUAGUGUAACAUCAUUGUAUAAGUUAUGCAAUCUCUCAAAACAUCCAUGGCGGGAGUGUGUGCUGUUUCUGCUGUAACUGUCUAGCUGUCUAUAAUAGUUAUUAUUUUGAUGCGCUUCCGUCCAAUGUGACUUGAAUGGAUUUGUAAACUUGUUAAUAUGAGGUUUAUCAAUUCCUCUUCUUUUUUGCUGCUAUGAACUAGAAGGUGUCGAGACUCUUAAACAGUGAAAUGUCUGUAUCGUUUAUGCCAAGCCAGCCACUCAGGAGAGCUGGCUAGACAGCGAACACUGUGAUGAAAAUAACCCGACUACAGUAAUACUAACUAGCACAGCUGGGCCCUGAUUCUGUGUCCGUGUUGAGCACAGUGGCCAGUGCUGUGCAGCAUAAACAGUCUGACAUUUUGAAAGCCAGAAAACCCUUUCUUUCUCUGUGAUUCAGAGGGCUGUCCGGUUUGGAUGUUGCUCUGGGGUUCAGCAAGACUAGAGUGAGCUUGUGUCACUAUCUGAGCUUCUAUAGGAAGCAAGAGCUCCGAUUCAAACCCCAUUUCAAACCUAGCAACUCAAUAAGCACCACCGUUUUUCAUUGGCUGUGUCAAUCAAAUUUUUUUUUUUUAUGAGAAUUAAAAUCAUUACAAAUAAAGCAAUCAUUCCAGUAUGAAGAAAAUAUAUAUAUAUAUCUGCUGCCAUGUUUCUCAGCCUGUAUCUGAAUCUGUCACUUAUCUAGAAAAAAAAGUACUUGGCACAUGGUAAUACUACCUGGUAUUUGAGAAGUAUUUAUCAGCACCUGUUAAAUCAAUCCAUUCAUUAAUGUGCCGAUUUCAAAACAAGAAAAGCUCACCUUCCCUCAGUUAACAAUGGAGUACCAAUCAAUGGCAACUGACUUCUGCAUUGAGUGUUUUAAAAGCCAAUAUGAAGCUAAUUUUCCUCUCAUCCGGGGCGCUGGCAUCUUUACCGCCACAGUAUCAGCAGUUCACACAUUAAUAAGGAUCUCAGAUAGAUAGACGCGUUCUACAACAAACAAAGUGGUGUUUGCUAUUAAAAUAUGCGGUUCAGUGUUGCUGAUAACCAGAGCGACCCCUUUCUUUUCAGCAGUGACCAAAGCCCCUUUCACACUGGCCGGGUCGGAACCUACCCGGGUCAGGACCCGGUGUCAUGCGGGUCGGCUAUGUGAUUUCACACUGCUUUUGAUAAAGCAGGUUGACCUGGGUGACAGACGCAAGUACACCAUGUGCGUAUCAAUGCCCCGGAAGCAGCUUGUUACAGACGCUUCCAUCCAAGCUUCUCUGGAUUGAACCGUCGGCCCAAAUGUUGAUUACAGCAAAUGUUUCUCAUCCCUGCUGCAAUCUGGCUCAAGCAACAAAAAUCUGGCUAAACAUAAUUAACAAAAACGUUCCUUGCGGAAGUGAAACCUUCACACAGACGUGGCUCUUUUGUUAUUUCGUCGGCUUAAGAACGGCCGUCAUGCAUUUUGUCUCGUUCAAUCCUGAGGUGGGUCACUGGGACCCAGGUACGAGGUUUCACACUACGCGGGAUUCUGACCCAGGUCCGGACCCGGGUAGGAGUGCCAGUGUGAAAGGGGCUAAACUGAAUUUAAUUUCUUUCUCUUGAAUUGUUUUUUUCUUUCUUUCUGUUUGUGUGUGUGUUUAUUUAUUCAUCAAAGCAUUAAAAAUAGCCUGCACUAACUGUUGUUAAAGAGUGGCCACCUUUUGAGGGGGGGGGAGUUCAGUGCAGGACACUUCUGCACACAGCAAGGGGGUUCAGCUUUGAGAGUCUGGUCCUCGGUGUCUUCCAGGCUGGAUUAUGCCUACACCAUUAGGUGUCACACAGCGACAGGUACGGGAACAUUAUUUGUACUUGUGCAUGGGUGUAGAUUUCCCCAGAACUCCCAAAAGAUACUAAACAGAUUUGUGUUGUGUUCUUAAGUCACACAGAGCCCUGACUCUCUGGAACGUAAGCAGUACCUCCCACUCUGUCCUCCCCUUGAUCUCAAGUAGCCACUGUGUCUGUUGCCUGAAUCAGAUUCUAAAGGAACCUUAAGAAAGAAAAAAAAAGAUAUGUUUGAUUGUAAACUGAAUAUAGCACCCACUCACGGCUCUGAAUACAUUUGCAAUUAGAGUAUGCCUUAAGUGAUACGUUUCAUAGAACUUAUAUUUAUUGCCAGUGUUAUGUUUUUAAUUUAUUGAAAGACAUACAAAAAGUAUGCAUUUUUUAACAUAGGAACACAUAGUAUUUUAGGUUGUUUUUAUUACGUGAACAUUUCCAAGCCAGUAUUUAACAUUGUUAUUGUUCUGUGUAGUGUAACAUAUCAAUAAAGACAAGUGGACA